CAUAGCUGAUUGGCUGAUUUGUGACCCCGAAGGUGACCCCAUGUAUCUUGAUGUCGUCAAGAAUUUCAAACUCCAGGCAGUUGAGAGUCAGCACGACUUACCAUGCUACGGAUUUCUGCUUUACUAUAAGGACGAACUGAUCCUCGGCUUCUCGGCAGAUUCCGGCUUCACGCCGAAGUUGUACGACAGAAUUUUCGAGGCCCCGAUUGUGGUGGUGGACGGUCGGACCCCGUCCUCAAAAUGGCACGCGUCGUUUGAUGAGAUUUCAGCCUACUUGAAAACCCGAGAGAAGAAGCCCGGUGCCGUGUACGUGAUAGGGUACGGCACCACAGCAGAGUAUACAACAGAGGACAGCUCACUCAGGCCCUUACAGCGGGGACAGUACUACACACUGUGGUCGGGGCAAAAGGAGUGUUCCGAGAACUGACGAAUAAAAAAGCCCCUAAGAAUGAGUUCCCCAUGUAUGCCAAUGGUUCUUAGUUCAUACUACGUUAUCUUAGUGUUGAUUGUUCUUAUUGGUUACCAAACGGCGCUGAAAAGCUGUAUGUUUAUUUUCUAUACUGAUCAUAAAUGUUAAUAACGUCAACGUUCAUAUUUUCACCAAGUUCACAAAUUAGACAAGAUUUACUAUCAGUACUUUAUACAUAUUGUAAUAUUGUUCUUGACGCACCAUUAGUAAUUACAAUACAACAUUCUAGUGCAAUGUGAAUAAAGAUUGAGAGCUCGUUCAUAGUGUAAAAUCAUUAUAAACAGAUAUCCAAAACGGGAAGUCAGUGUAUGAAAUGACGUCAUAACUAAGGUGAAAUACCCCUCGUACUCCCUGAAAAUACUAAUAAGUAGGAGAAAAGCCAUUUAAUUCUUAAAAGUAAUCAUCUAACGGUGACAUAAGCCAUGCGGUGAAGAUAGUUAUGCUUGAUUCCAAUUGUGCAAUUCAGCAAGUUUUGAUACAUAAUGUAUUUUUUCAAGAUAUGUCAAACUACGAUUAAGCUUGUUAAUGUCGUACACAAUUGUUGUUUCUUUAUUCUUGAAAAUAUAGAGGAAAUAUAGCAAGCAAUCCCUUAUCAACAUUAUACUCGUUGCUUGAUGAUACAUUCAGUCAUUAACAUUUUUCGUGAGAUGUACUAGAAGUUUGAGCUUACCAAUACUGCACGCAAUUAUCAUCUAUCCCGUGAUUGAAAUAUUGAAUAAAGGAAAAU